CUUAAAAGAUGAUGACAGUGGAGACCAUGAUCAGAAUGAAGAAAACAGCACACAGAAAGAUGGUGAGAAGGAAAAAACGGAACGAGACAAGAGCCAGAGCAGCGGCAAGAGGAAGGCUGUUGUCCCUGGACCAGCAGAACAUCCCCUGCAGUACAACUACACCUUUUGGUACUCUAGGAGAACCCCCGGCCGUCCUACCAGUUCACAGAGCUAUGAGCAGAACAUCAAGCAGAUUGGCACCUUUGCCUCUGUGGAGCAGUUCUGGAAGUUUUACAGCCACAUGGUACGUCCUGGGGACCUGACAGGCCACAGUGACUUUCAUCUCUUCAAAGAAGGAAUUAAGCCUAUGUGGGAGGAUGAUGCAAAUAAAAAUGGUGGCAAGUGGAUCAUUCGACUUCGGAAAGGCUUAGCAUCCCGCUGUUGGGAGAAUCUCAUCCUGGCCAUGUUGGGGGAGCAAUUCAUGGUUGGGGAGGAAAUCUGCGGGGCUGUGGUCUCUGUCCGCUUUCAGGAGGACAUUAUUUCUAUAUGGAAUAAGACCGCCAGUGACCAAGCAACCACAGCCCGAAUCCGGGAUACUCUUCGGCGCGUGCUUAACCUACCUCCCAACACCAUUAUGGAAUACAAAACUCACACCGACAGCAUCAAAAUGCCAGGCAGGCUGGGCCCCCAAAGGCUCCUUUUUCAAAACCUCUGGAAGCCGCGAUUGAAUGUGCCAUGACCCUCUCCCUCUCUGGAUGGCACCAUCAUUGAAGCUGGCGUCAUCGGAGUCUCUUGUUCUGUUGGCGUGCCACCUGGAAGACCCUUCUGUCCUGGACAAGAGGAACGGAAGAGCAUGUUAUGCUUUGAGAACAGGCUGACAGCAGCAGCUACAACAACAGCUGAGAUCACAAAUAAAUGGUGCUAAACCA